AUGAUGGACCUCGCGCUCGUCCCAGCCGCAGUGGACCUCGAUCAACGUGCCAAAUCCACGCUCGUCCACUGCCUUGACGCAGCGUCGUCACCGCUCGCAACACUCUCGGAUGCCGAGCUUCACAACCUCUCGCUCCUCGCACUCUGCUCGGGGUUUGACACGACCUUUUUCGAGACCGUGUACGCCCGACACAUGUAUUUUGGCCCGUCGAUCGUCCUUGGCAGAGACUUUCAGGACGCUGUCGCCUUGUACCCGGACCGCGUCGUCGUCGACACGGCGUGUUUUGAUUCGUUGAUCUAA